AUGACUCACGUUCCUUGCGGGGGUAAUAAGCCUGCUUCUGGUGUUGAAUUCCCGAUUUCAGGAAUAAAUGGCUACAAUCUCACUAGCAGAUAUUGCCUUCCAGACCCAUCCACACCACCUUUUUGUUUCCUCAGGCAUCGUAAAAGAAAAUGCUUACACAAAAGUCACCGCAUGUUCAAAUCAAGUAACUUUAUGUGCUGCAGUGUGGAAAUAGCAAUAUCAGAAGGUUCAAUAACUGUUGAUAAUGGUGGAAGACUAGCUCUUGUAGUUGAUGAUGAUUCUCAAAAGUCAAAAUUACUCAGUGAUGGACCACGUAGAGAAAUACCAGACUGGAUGGCACGAAGGAUAGGCUCUGUUCGUCCUAAGUUUCCUCCUAAAAAGAUUGACAUUUCUGAAGUCAACACAUCAAAAUUCAAGUCUUUGGAAUUGCCUAAUCCUUCUGAAGUAUGGUCAAUUGCAAAAGCAAAGCCAAAAGAUGGGGACACAUUAAUUGAACAUGUGAUCGAGAAAGAGUUAAUUGAAAAGAAACGGAAGUCUCUAGAACGUGCUCUGCAACGAAAAACCAUUCAAUGGCAGAAGACCCCAGAAGAAAUAAAACUAGAGCCAGGAACUGGCACAGGACGUGAGAUAGUGUUUCAAGGUUUUAAUUGGGAAAGUUGUAGAAAAAAGUGGUACAUGGAUCUGGCUCCAAAGGCUGCAGAUUUAUCUCGCUGUGGUAUAACAGCAGUGUGGUUACCUCCUCCAACUGAAUCUGUUGCUCCACAAGGAUACAUGCCUUCUGAUCUAUACAACUUGAACUCAGCAUAUGGGACACAGGAGGAGCUGAAGCAUUGCAUAGAGGAGAUGCACCAUCACCAUCUUCUGGCGUUGGGAGAUGUUGUACUAAAUCAUAGAUGUGCUCAUAAACAGAGUGAAAAUGGAGUAUGGAAUAUUUUUGGCGGGAAACUUCCCUGGGGACCUGAAGCAAUUGUUUGUGAUGAUCCAAAUUUUCAGGGUCGUGGAAAUCCUUCAAGUGGUGACAUAUUUCAUGCUGCACCAAACAUUGAUCAUUCCCAGGAUUUUGUACGAAAUGAUGUAAAACAGUGGCUGAACUGGCUUCGGAAUAAUAUUGGUUAUGAUGGGUGGCGCCUUGACUUUGUGAGGUGGAUAUGUUAA